CUCGUGCUAUCAACGCGGAAAGAAAAACAAUCGGGUCCGAGGACGCGCGCUCGGACGAGUUUUGUUGUUGCUACAUCGCCGCCCUUCCCCAUCAACUUGGCGGCUUCGUUUUUCUGGAUCAACGCGUUCGGAUUCGCGUUCUCGAUCGACCUCCUUGUCGAAGGCGGUAUCUCCGAAUGAGUUCGAAAUCGUCCAGCAGCGGCAGCGACGAAGUCGCCAAGGCCAAGAAUGCAACCGCGAGCGUCGGCAAGCCGACCAUCUUCUCCAAGAUCCUUGACGGCAGCAUACCGGCCGACAUCAUUUACAAGGACGACAAGUGCAUUGCCUUUCGGGACGUGAAUCCUCAGGCUCCCGUACACUUUCUGGUGAUCCCAAGGAAGGCACUUCCCAUGCUCGACUCAGCCACUGAUGAAGAUGUUCAGCUGCUGGGCCACCUGAUGCUCACAGCCAAGAAGGUUGCAGCACAAGAGAAGCUUCAGGAUGGCUACAGGCUAGUGGUCAACAAUGGGAAGCAAGGCUGCCAGUCUGUCUACCACCUUCACCUGCAUGUCCUUGGUGGUCGCCAGAUGGGCUGGCCACCAGGAUGACUGGGUGAAACAAGUGCCAAAGAGUCAUGCUACCUGUAUUUUUGUUAGAAAUAAAUGUGUUACUACCUU